AUGCUGCGGGUGUGGGCCCUGGGGGCCCUCGAGAGCAGCAAAAGUGCUGCUGUCCCCGUUGCUGUUGUGGACACAGGCAUUAAUUACCUCCAUCCCGAACUGUCUCUUUCGAUGUGGGUAAACCGCAAAGAGCUUCACGGCGAAGAAGGAGUUGACGACGACGGGAACGGCUUCGUCGACGACCUCUUUGGCUGGAACUUCAUUCAGGACAACAACAACCCCAUGGACGACAACGGCCACGGCUCUCACGUCGCAGGAAUUGUGGCGGCGCUGCAAAACAACGGAGAAGGCAUAAGCGGAAUUAGUGAAAGAGCCAAAGUGAUGGCGCUGAAGAUUCUGGACCAAAAAGGAGAAGGAGAUGUCUCGCAUGCAAUCCCAGCGAUUCAGUACGCAGUGGACAACGGAGCCAAAGUGCUCACCAACUCGUGGGGAGGC